AUGUUGGGGUUCCGUAACAGCGGCUCCCGUCCUGUCCGUCCGUCCGACCCGACCGACCGACGCGUCAUUCCGCUGUGCCAGGCGUUGGCACCGGGGCAGUCGGCACUAGAGGACCGUGGGGGGUUCGGCGGACGAUCUCGUGGUCGCGGCCGAGGUCGCCGCGAGGCGACGGGCGACGACGACGCGCCGGGAGCGGCGGGCGGGGGGCGGCCAUCGGCCCCUAGCACGCUGUUCGACUUCCUCAACCCCAAGAUGGAGGCCCUGUCCCUGGACGUCUCGGACUCCGGGAGCUUGCCGCGCGAGCCGGACUCACAGCCGAGGCGCCGCGGCGUUCCCGGCGUCUUCCACUUCCCUCCGGAGCACCACGGCGCCGGCGAGCGCCGGUUCGGCGGCGGCGGCGGCACCGGCCGUGGCGGAGAGACGCGUCCCGCCGGUCACGACUUGCCGCCGCGCUUCCAGCGGGAGAGGCGGCCGCCCGCGGAAGGCCGGCACUGGGUGGGCGAGGGGCGGGGGAUGCAGCUGCACCAGCCGCAGCAGCAGCAGCAGCAGCAGCAUCAGCAGCAGCAGCAUCAGCAGCAUCAGCAGCAGCAUCAGCAGUGGCACCGCGGACGUCCCGGCAGCGCGGAGGAGGAGCGAGGGCAGAGCCCCCGGAGGAGGCGGACUCAUCGCGGGGGCGACGACGGUGACGACGGCGACGGCGACAGGAGGCCGAGUGCGAGGCGGCCGCUGUGGGGGGGUGGGGAGGAGGAGCGGUCCGGCUGGAGUGGGGCCCAGUUGGACAGAGGCCACAGGAGCGUCAAGGGACCCUCCGUGGGGCCGAGCGACGACUUUCCCGCCCUCUGGCACAACGGAGCGGCGGGACGCGGCGGCGGCGUCGGCGUCGCCCGGCCCCCCCCGGCAACCCCAGGGCCCCCCACGGCAACCCCGGGGCCCCCCACGGUAACUCCAGGGCCCCCCACGGCAACUCCAGGGCCCCCCACGGCAACGCCAGGGCCCCCCACGGUGGAACCGACGCCCGCCAGGGCCAGGCGCACAGGACCCAUCAAGCCCCCGCCGGGUCCUCGUCCACAGGGGCAGCACUUGCACGCCGGCGCGGCAGCUCCCGGCGUGCCGAUCGAGCCGUCGGAAGGACCCCACGGGAGGAGUGGCGGCUCACUGAGGACGGGGGACCCGUGCCUGGCACUCUACUGGGAGGACAACAAGCGAGCGAGUGCCGUCACCGAAAAGCCGGGGGCAGGCAGCCGGAAGCGGUGCCAAUGA